GUUUUCCCUGCAGCUGUGGGACCCAAGGCAUAGCGACAGAAUCUCAGUGCGUACCGUCGCUGUUCCCGUGUUGCUGCAGGGACCAUACAUCGAAGACCAUGUCUGGAAGCUUCUAUUUCGUAAUUGUUGGCCACCAUGAUAAUCCAGUUUUCGAAAUGGAGUUUUUGCCAGCAGGAAAAGCAGAAUCUAAAGAUGAUCACCGCCACCUGAACCAGUUCAUCGCCCACGCCGCACUCGACCUCGUAGAUGAGAACAUGUGGCUGUCUAACAACAUGUACCUGAAAACGGUGGACAAAUUCAACGAGUGGUUUGUCUCGGCAUUUGUGACUGCUGGCCAUAUGAGAUUUAUCAUGCUCCAUGAUGUAAGGCAAGAAGAUGGAAUUAAGAACUUCUUCACUGACGUGUAUGACUUGUACAUUAAGUUUGCAAUGAAUCCAUUUUACGAACCCAACUCUCCUAUCCGAUCAAGUGCAUUCGACAGAAAAGUUCAAUUUCUUGGGAAGAAACACCUUUUAAGCUGAAUGGGGGAGCCAUCUGGCAUAAGCCAGCAGCGUCACCACCCUGGGGGGGUGGGACUCUGGAACAUGGGUGUCGUCAGUAACUUGAUUAAAUUGCUCAGAAAACA